CUAUUAAACAACGUUAUAUUCAAUAAUAUUACAUUAAAAGUUUGAUGAUAUUCGGUAUGUCCCAAAUAAAUGUACCAAAGUUCCGGCCCAAGAUGAGGUGUGAUAUUAUAUUAAAAUUAAUUAAUUAUGUUAUUUUUGUAAAUUUGUUGUUAAUAUAAUUUAAAAAAUAGUAAUACUAAUGAGCACAUUCAUGAAAAGUGUCAAUUCAUAUAUUAAAUACCUUAUUCUAAAAAAUAUGUUAAAUGUCUUUCCUUUUUUAUAAAUAAAUUUCAUUUUGAAACGCUUUUUCCAUUUAAAAUGUAAUUUGUAAGUAUAUUUUCUCUCCUCGUCGCAUUUUUUUUCUUUUAGUGUACAAAAGUCUCUAUCAUUCUCUGUUCUAUUCUUUCUCUCUCACCUAUAAAAAUUGAAAAUCAUAUGUGAAGAAGAAAAAGAAAAGGAGAAGCCUUGAAUUUGGAGUAUUAAUCGCAAGGAAAUAAGAAGGAUAUUCAAUUGGUUCUUCUACCGCUUUCAGUUGAAUUCAAUAUUUUUCUUAUUAGUCUGAGUUGGUUUGCCUUCUAUUUUCUUCUUUGAUUCAGAUUUUCGUUGAUCUUUAUAGAGUGUUGUUGCUCUUUCCUGCAUAAGGGGUGUGUCUUCUUUUCUUUCUUGUUUCCUCUUCUCUUGGGGGACAGUUGGCUAUAUUUAUUGUAUGACGCGAAAAUAAACGAAAUAAUUGUUUUCCAAAUCGCACUCUUCUGCACAAAAUCUGAGCUCCCAAAAAUAAAUUCUUGAAUUUUCUACGCUCUGCUUCAAAUCCUCAUUUUUUACGAUCUAAUGUAGGAGCGUUUGGGCUGAACCAACAAAUUUGUUUACCUAAAUUUCUAACUUCUCCAUGUUUAGGACAAAAGUUAGAGAAUCAUUUUAACAGAUUAGGCUUAUUGGAGAGCAGAUUAGGCGAGUAACCAUCUCAUGCAUAGUUAUUCUCGAGUUAAAGCACAAAAAUUUAUAUCUCAAUCUUUUUAACUCAAUUAUUUUUAAUAUAAAAAUUAGAUUAAUUAUGCUUUAAAAAGUGAAAUCCUUUUUGAUAUAUUUUCGAGAAAAAAAAUAUUAAUCGAGAUUUUUUUAGUACAAUAUGUCAUGGUGUCAUGGUGGUAGAAAUAUAGCAUAAUAUAUAAUUAUUGUAUACAUGAUUGGUAGAAAUAUAUUAACGGUCUACCAACGUCUACCAUCAUCUACCGCUAUGGUGGAGAGCGGUAUAGUUGGUUCCAAAAUUAUCCUGGGAACUAUAUCGAGAAUUAACAUAAUUUUUUUUGUAUAUCACAGUUCCUUAUGUGCAAUAUUAUUUUUGAAAAUUGGAAUUAAAAUAAAAUAGGUAUAUGGCGGUAACAGAUAGUCCGUAAUUAUUUUCCCCAAAAUAUAUUAUUUUAUAGAUAAAAAUGAAAAUGUAUUUUUCCUGCGCAAAUGUUCGAACAUUUGAGAUUUUGCAUCACUUAUUGGACACGAAAAGUAAGAAUCCAGUUAGGAAAAGGAUUUCCAUUCUUCCCAAUUCGCAUACCUCUUCCUCUUAUAUUCCAGUCUUCUUUCUCAUUAAUUCUUUCAUUUUUUCCGCAAACAUGCAGAGCCACCAUGGCACUGAAGCACACAACAAAGAGAAAGAGGAGGAAACGUAGCAGCAGGGGAAGACCACCUCCUCGUCAUCAUCAACACCUGACCAACCUCCCUCAAGACCUUUUGGCAAGGGUCCUCUCCCAUGUCGCCUCCACCUCCAUAUCCAAUCUCUUCAACGCCAGGCGAGCCUGUAAGUGCAUGUUCGCAGCUUCCUCACACCGCAUUGUACUAGAACAUGCUGCCAUCCUGGACAAGUUCUCCUCCAUCAACCACCGCAAUUCCUGGUCUUUCCUCCAACAGUGCGUGGAGAGUGGCAACCGAGAAGCCCUGUUCUGCAUCGGAAUGGCAGAGUACUUCUUCGCAGUGGCAGAAUCAAAAGUAGAAAUUAGAGUCCAACCCUUCCACCUCCGUCACUGCUUGGAGGCAGAGUCUGGGAUUCGCCGUCUGAGGGACGCAGCAGGGAAGGGCCACGUGGCGGCGAGGUACGUGUGCGGGAUGAUUCUCUUGUGUGUUGCCAUCGAAGAGGAGAGGAAGGAAGGGUUGGGGUUUCUUGAGGGAUUGAGGCGGUCGGAGACUAUAAGGAAUAAGUGCAGGGAGGCGGUGAGGUCUGUGAUGGCACAGUUGCGGUGGAUCAACAACGGCAAUGGACUGGCGACGAGGUGCAACUGGGUAGGGAAGGUCGACGACGUCCGGCGGGGGAGUUGCAGCUGCAAGUGCGUUGAGAGAGAGAAGUUGAAGAGUUUUAGUAGGAAGAAUCCGGACUUGGUGUGGCUGCGGAGGGAGGAACGAGUGUUGGAAAUGGUGGAGAGUGGGCUUUGUGAUUCCUGUUUCUGGGAGGCUGAAUUGCCUGUGUUUUGCAACAUGUUAGGGCCGCACAAUAAUGUGUUUCUUGUGUGAAUUAAUUGUUUAGAAUGUUGCAAAGGUUUUCGUAGAUGAGAGUAUUUUAUUCACCAAAACUACUCGCCCAGAGUGUGAACAAUCGAAGAAUAUACUAAGCAUUUUAUGAGGUUGUACUUGUAUCAGGACAACAAAUCAACACUAUGAAGACGAGAGUUUUAACUUUAGUCGAAACAUUGAUUAGGAGAAAAGAAAAGGAAUGGAUGAAAUACUAUGAAUGAAGAGCGUUAACCAUCAUGUCAAUUGUUAAAUACUUAGGCCUGCCUAUAAAAGUGGACGAGAAAUAAAAACUUUUGAAUAUUUAGUGGAUAUGAUGAGAAAGAAAGUAAAAAUUCGGAAGACUCAACUACUAUCCAGUGCAUGUAAGGAAGUUCUUAUAAAUUCAGUCGCUCAAACACAAAUAAACUUCGCACUGUCAGUAUUAUGAUACUCAUUGGGGUGCUUUUUUUUAUAUAAAGGUGAUGCCAUUUUACCCAUUGGGGUAUUUAAAGAGGUUUAAAAAAUCAUUGCGAAUUUUUGGCGAUGAAACAACAUGAUAAGAAAAGAACACUUUGGAUGAAAUGAGAAGUGAUAUGUAGACCAAAGAAACAAGGUAAAUUGGGUUUUAGGUUCCUGCAAAAUUUCAAUUAGGCCUCAUAGGAAAACAGUUUAGGAGACUUAUGCAAAAUCUAGAUUUCCUAGAGUCACAAGGGAUAAAAUGCUAAAUAUCAUCCUAACUGGGAGAUUCUGGAAGCAUACGAACGUUGCAUCCCGAGUUUUGUUUGGAGAGGUUUAAUGGUAGUGAAGUAGUUAAUUGAAAUGGAUUCAAGAUGGCGGAUAGGUAAUGGAGAUAUGGUAGAUAUAUGAUCGGACAAGUGGUUCCCAAGUUCAUAGGCCAGAAAUGCACGUGGUUUAGUCUCUUAUUUGGGCCCAAAUGUAUACAUUUCAACCCUCUUUUCUUAUUCGUUUAGCUUAGUAUUUCAUCGUCCCUCAACAUAUUUCACGCUAGGUUGUGAUUGUUUUGAUACAUUUCAUGUCCUAGCACGUGUGGAAGGUUCGAUGUCGAAUUUUGGGAUAAUUGGAGGUUAAAAAGCGCAAAAACCGAAGAAAAGUCCAAAGUGCAGGCGUCCAGGAAGCAGCCGCAGUUUACGGUCAAACAAGGGAGUUCACGGUCUCCUAGGACCGUGAACUGGAGCCACAAACCGUGAACAUCGAGCAGUCCAGCGAGGUUUCAGAGGUUACUGACGUCAAGGGAGUUCACUGUCGCUAAGACCGUGAACUGGGGCCAUUAACCGUGAACCCAGGAGAGUGAAGUGGUGCGUUUUGGAGACGACUGAGUUCACAUGCGCGUUUAGCUGUUCACGGCCGUGAACUGGCCAACGCGUCCAUGAACUUCUCACUUUCGGACAAAUAUGAAGACAGCAGCGGGGAGAGAGAAAAGGAGGGUUGGUUUUUUGGAGAGAAAUUCAAUUUCCUCUCUAGGGUUUGCCCCAAAACACCAAAGGGGAGUUCUAGUGAGAAAGGGAGAGAGCGCUAGAGUGAUCUUGGAGCAUCAUUGGAGGCUUGGGUGGAUCUUGAAGACAAGGAUUCAAGCCUAGAAGUAAAAGAUCUUGAGAAGC